AUGGAAGAGCCACCGCCAACCACGCACACGCUCAGACCGCAUCAUGUCUGCCUUCUCAGUCUUAUUCACACAGUCUUCAAAUAUCAAUCACGGAACCGUUUUACGGCCGCUGCUACCACUUCCUUCCUUCUUCACGUAUACAGAGUGAUAAUGCAUGAAGUGGCGGAGGUAGGACAGCCCAGCACAUACCAAGGGCUGAUGUCGUCUUUGUUUCGAGGGCCCGACAGCAACACGGAAGGCGCUCGCGCUUUUCUGGACACUCUCGCUCCUGCACCAGAAUUGGUGUGUUGUUUCCUACUUAUGUCAAUUGUUUCAGUGUAUCGUAAUGGUGGCAUCACAAAGUAUCGUCGGUCCCUUCUUGGAUACUUCUGUCGAAGAUGCUACGUUAGCUUCAUCAAGCUCUCUUACGCAGGCGUGAUCAAACUGCGACGUGAUUAUCACCAUUGGUUGGCUGGUUACCAGACUGGCUAUGAGCAAACGGAAAAGGAUCUCAUAACUUACGACCGACUCGUCACAAAAACUCAUGCGGAUGAAUAUGAAUGGGCGCAGCCUGCUCCGUAUGCCUCUUUCGAGAGGGGGAUUACCAUUGCCGAUACUAAUCUGGCGUCGGAGAGCCUCCGUCGCUUCUUUGAGCAGCAUUUUCACGAUGGCAACGAUUCUCUGCUGCAUCGACUCCCUCCGUUGCAUAAAAAUGACAGACUUGCACUGAACGAGAUUCAGCCUGGCCUUCAUCCGCUCGAAGUCUUGUUUGACGUCGAGAAGCUCACCAGAGUAUCGAGCGAGCAGCCUCUGAGUGCUGCGUUCGAAAAGAUUGCUCAAGCAAACGGCUUAUAUGACCAUUGGAUUGACGUUCAAGGUCAUUCACCAGACUACGCCGAGCAAUGGAGCCAGCAUGCAGUCCAAUCCUUCGUAUGGAGCGUGGCCGGUUGCCAUAGACUGGCCGCUAUCGAGGAGGAUAUCGUUACUGCAUUUGGCGAAAUCGGGGGAGACGAUAACAAUGUCCUUACGGUGAACCUGAACAGGGCUUACAGGCGAGCCCGACAAGGCCAAUAUCAACCCGCCUUGGCUAUGCUUCUCGAACCCGAUGUCUGGCGAGGGUUGAAUAUGAGCGACUACGUUCAAUGGGCAUCUCAGAUAUGGCAUAUCCUAGUGCUGAGAGCGACUCGGCGACUAUAUCUAGAUUUUCUGAGGCCUCGGCGGCCAUCAAGUCCUUUCAAUUCAAAAGACUACUCAUUCGUGGAGGGCGGGUCGCCCACAUCGAUUAUACGAGAUCCGUUGUAUGAGACGAUGCGACUGCGUGUGAGUACCUUACUGUCGCACGUCUCGCUUGUUCGUUUAUCGAUUACAUCUCGCGUACAGCAAGCGGAUCAAGGGGCUGUCUCUGUCGAGAGGCUUCUCAGGGCCAUCUGGCAUGCAGAGUUUCAGUGUCGUUAUGGUUCUUACAGAACGGGCAUUAUUUUACUUGCCGAUGUUGGGCUAGAGUUUGGGAUGUCGAAGCGGUGCAGAAAAAUCAUGGAAGAGAUUCUUCCUCAAAUAAUCAACGGUGACGACCUUGAGCAGCGCGCGCUUGGAUGUUUCACUUAUGCUCGUUGCAUCAUCGCCGCGGGGAACAGGUCUUCUGAGUCGAUACGGGAGGCGAUGCCGUACCUCGCUAUCGCGGAGAAAGAUUAUUCAACGCUGGAAAUUCUGCGCUCCCUUGCGGAUGUUCAGUACCUUGUUUCUGUUUUGUACCACAAUCUGGAGAUGGAGGAGGAAAGGGACCAGGCUGCAAAGCGACAUUUGGAGACAGAGGAGGAGAGAAAGAGGGAGUCCAUCAUUCCACAGGAAGAGGACUUCUCCACUCUUCCAAUUGAAGAUAGACUCGCUCACAAGAACUGGAAGGCCCGCGUCAGCGCUUAUGAAUCUCUAAUCAAGACUUUCCAGCUUACAGCCUCAGACACUGAUCCUGCUUUCAAACCGUACCUGAAUAACACAGAUCUGCUCAAGAAAAUUGCAACGGACUCCAAUGCGGUCGCUCAGGAGAAAGGAGUGGAAUGUUUAGUGGCGUUGGUCAAGUUUGCAGGCGAGAAUGCUGCGCGGACGAGGGAGGUGGUAGUCCCCGCCUUGGUUGACAAGUGCUUCGGUUCCACGCGAGCAGGUACAAAGAAUCAAGCUCUGGAGCUUACGUUGCAGUAUGUUGAGGUUGAGAAUGGCGGAACUGGUGUUGACAACAUUCUCCCUGGUUUGGGAGCCAAGCAGCCAAAAGCCGUUACGGGAGCGGUCAUGGUAUUGAAGGAGAUAGUACGGCAAUUCGGCAUCCAAGUAACGCCGCCAACAGCUGUCUUGAAGGCCCUCCCCAAGAUAUUUGGUCAUUCUGAUAAAACGGUUCGUGCAGAAGGAAUCAACUUAACGCACGCGCUGUAUCAGUAUCUUGGUGCUGGUAUCGAGCCAUUUCUGGCGGACCUCAAGCCACUUCAAGUCAAGGAGUUGAAGGAGACAUGGGAGUCUAUGGAGAAGGAUGGGAAAGGUCGAGGAAGCCUUAAACCGGAGAGAAUGACGAGGCAGCAAACAAGAGAUGCCGAAGCUCAGGCUGCAGCGGGAGAUGAUGGUCCUGCUGACACGCUUGUAGAGGAAGACCUCGCGCCUCUAGAUCCAAGACAAUUUGCAGAAGAAGUUGAUAUCGUCCCCAAGCUACCCUCCAACCUUCAAGGGAACCUCGCAUCCUCCAAGUGGAAGGAACGAAAAGAGGCGCUGGAUGAUCUUCUUACGCUUCUGAAUGCUACUCUUCGCAUCAAGGAGGCACCUGAAUUGGGUGAUCUGGCUAAGUCUUUGGCCACACGCGUUCAAGCAGACGCAAAUAUUAACUGCGUUACGGUGGCGGCGCAAUGCGUAGAGGCGCUCGCUAAAGGAGUGCCGGGUGCUUUUGGCAAAUACAGAGAAGCAGUUGUUCCUCCAAUGCUAGAAAGGUUGAAAGAAAGGAAGGCAAAUGUCACAGAUAUCAUCGGUGCCGCACUUGAUGCCGUGUUCAAGACAACUACUCUUGGGGAGAUCUUGGACGACCUCUUUCCCGCUAUGCGCAACAAGAAUCCACAGGUCAAGGAGGGUACCUUGAAGUUUCUGUCUCGAUGUUUAGCAACGUCUACACAGCCUAUAUCCCCUGCGCAGGUCAAACCUCUUUGUGACGCUCUGGCGCCCGUGCUUGAAGACUCCUUUGCUGGGGCUCGUGAUGAAGCGGCGACGUCUCUAGGGACAUUGAUGAGGAUGGUUGGUGAGAGACCACUUGGCGCUGUGAUGGAGGGGCUGGCAGAUAUGCGCAAGGCGAAGGUGAAAGAAGCUUUUGAGAAGGCCACAGUAAAAGCCAAAGCAGGGGCUGGCGGACCUCCUAAAUCGGCUCCGCCUCCCAAAGAGCCUCCAAAGAAAGCCUCAGCUUCGGCGAAGAAAGCCCCGGCUCCAGCUCCGGCGCCCCCGCCCCCUCCACCUAUCGAGGACGAUGUCCCUGCCUCACCUGUUGCCCCUCCGAAGUCCAAGGGCCCGCCGGCUCGAUUGUUAGCGAAAAAGCCACCGGCCGCGGCUGGGGCGGCUCCAUCGAGUGCGCCAGCGAAAAAGCCUCCUGCGGCUGCCGCCGCCGCCGCCGCCGCCGCAGCAGCAGCAGCCAAACCUUCAAAAUCAGCAGCCUCUGCAGCUCCCGGAGCUCUUGAUACCUUUAAAUUUAAGCACAACCCCGAAGAUGCGGAAGCCCUCGUCGCAGAGCUCAUACCAGCCAACAUUGUGACGGAUUUUGGUGACGCCAAUUGGAAAACGCGGUUGGCAGCGCUCGAUGAGAUGACCACCUGGGUUGAAGGUGCAGUUGAUGAUUUGGAUGCAGAAGUGGUCGUUCGUUUCUUAGCCAAACGUGGAUCGAACGAGAAGAACUUUCAGGUCUCGGCCAAGCUGUACGGCAUUCUCGUCAUUCUUGCGGAAAGGUGUCCCUCGUUUGGGAGAUCGUCGGCUGCGUUGGCGAUUCCUCAUCUUUCGGAGAAGUUGGGUGACAUGAAGCUGAAGAAGCCUGCUGGCGAUGCGCUCGUAACUUUCGCGGAGAAGACCUCAUUACAGUUUGUUUUGGGCCAAGCUUAUGAGCCUCUCAACAAGACAAAGGCGCCGAAAGCUUUGGCAGACGCCAUAGGCUGGAUUCAAACAGUUCUCCUCGAAUUCGGUAUUGCGGGUCUGUCUCUACGAAGUCUGAUCGACUUUCUCAAGACAGCACUAAAGAACUCAAACGCGGCUGUGCGUACAAGUGCUACGAAGACGCUUGUGUCUGUAAAGCUAUUCGCUGGCCCUGGCAUCAAGGAUCUACUUGAAGACUUGAACCCUCAGCUCUUGGGGACUAUUCAAAGUGAAUUUGACAAGGUUGAAGGACAGCCUGCUCCUGAGCCAACCCGCACAUCGGUCGAUCUUGCGAACAUGGGAUCUCAGGGAGGGUCCGCAGGAAAGGGUAAUGCUGCUGCUGGGGAUGCGUUGGACGAUUUGUUCCCUCGCGUGGAGAUCGAUGGUUUGUUGAAGGGAACCACAAUAUUGACUGACGCCAAGAGCGAAGCUUGGAAGUCGAAGAAAGAGGCCCUCGAGACACUACAGGCGAUCCUUGAUCAGGGCUCAAAUAAACGUUUGAAGCCGCAGAUGGGUGAGAUUGGCCAGAUAUUGAAGGCACGCGUCACCGAUGCGAACAAGGCCGUCCAAACACUAGCCCUUGAUAUUGUCUCCCGAAUUGCUACUGGCAUGGGCAAACCUUUCGAAAAGCAGACUCGCUUCUUCGUCCUUCCAGUUGCUACAGUUGUUGCAGAUCAGAAAGCCCCCAUUCGGGCCGCUGCGCUUUCGACGCUAUCGGCAAUCGCGACAGCCUGUGAAAGUUUAGAGCCCUUGGUCCAUGGCCUCAGCACGGCAUUGGAAACUAAUAACCCCGUGCAACGCGCCAAUCUGUUGACUUGGCUGGUCGACUGGUUCAAAGAGCAUGAGCUAUCGCCUGGCCUCGACUUGAGCGGCUGGGUUGCUCCUAUAGUGUCGUGUUUAGACGAUCGUAAUAGCGAGGUACGAAAGGGUGCUCAAGGCAUGUUACCGUUCUUAGUCGCAUCAGCUGGAUUCGACCGCGUCCUUCACCAAACCAAUUCUUUGAAGCCUGCUUCGAAAGCCACAGCUGUGCCACUCAUCAACGCAGCUCGUGCGGCAGCUCCUGCGUCGACCUCAGCAUCAACAGCUCCUGCUCCGGCAUCAGCACCGAUCAAAGCUCCUGCUCCAGCCAAAGCUGCUCCCUCGAAGCCUAUCAUGCCUUCACCCCCCGCUCCAUCCAAUAGCCCCCCUCAGUCCCCGAAAAUGGCACCGGCAAGUAAACUGUCGGGUGUUCGACGCAAGCUUCCACAGGGUACGCUUCCUCGACCAGAAUCGAGGACCGAAACCAACGAGGACGCUCCUUCCUCUCGCUUGCCAGGCAAACCAAGUGCGGCUGGAGGUUUUGGUCUGAGGCGACCUGGGAUGCCAGUACCCACCGCACUCAAGCCAGCCCCUGCUGCUGAAGCUGCGCUGCCAAUGUUAUCAGCCUCCUUGCCAUUUUUCGGCACGAACUUGGAUACGAAGAGACUUCGUCUUGCGAAAGAUCCACAAAAGUGGAUCAACGAGGGAGGCAGCACACGCAAAGAUUUAGCAGAUCUUUUGCAGCACCAAAUUGAACCGAACGCAUCGAAAGAUCUUGUUGCUCACCUCUUUAGUCACGAUCAUAACGCCGUGAACGAUCAUGUUGCGGGGUUGACUUCGAUAUGUGAUUUCUACAUGCAAUUACAAGCCGGAGACGAGUCGCUGGGAAUGUCGCCUUCAGAUCUGAAGACUGUCGGGAUUGCUAAUGCCGAUUUGGCCCUCAAGUAUGUCUCAAUCAAGGUGCACGAACCCCAAUCCAACCUUGUCUCAAAGUGCUUGGACGUUAUCGACGCUGUGCUUGCCUUCAUGAAGGGUGUAGAGUAUCAGCUAUCAGAAGGCGAAGCAUUGUGCUUCAUUCCGACAAUAGUGCACAAGUUGGGCGAUGCUCGUGAACCUGUGCGCCUGCGUGUGCAACAAAUAGUUCAAAUGUUGCCCAAAGUCUAUGCCUACAGCAGAGUAUUUCAGCUACUACUAGAACACGGCUUAAAGUCGAAAGUUUCGAAGACACGCCAGUUCACCCUCGAUGAACUCGGCGGCUUGCUGAAGCGGUCUGGGCUAGGGGCAUGCGAGCCCCAAAAAGCAUGCCCUCAGCUAGCAUCGAUGAUUGCGGACAAGGAUCCAAAUGUACGAAAAUCGGCCCUAUCAGCUUUGAGCGAGAUCUUCUUGUUGGUAGGAGAAAAAAUAUGGACUCUUGUUGGUCCGCUUUCGCCAAAGGAUAAGACACAGCUCGAGGAGCGUCUUCGGAGAGUCGCAGGCCCUAGUUCUUCAGAACCACAAGAGAGCCUGGCGCCAGCACCGCCUUCCCAGGUUACCCGCUUGACAUCUGGCCUUGCUCGACCUGCUUCCCCGUCCACUAACUUGUCGCGUCCUGGAGGUCUGCCUCGACCUUCCAGUCCAUCUGUUGCUGCUCCCCGUGGCAAAAGCCUCCUGCCCUCUAGAUUAGGUCCUCCCAGGCCACGUACAAAUACCUUACGGUCUCAGCUUCAAACUCCUGCGACAAGUGCUGACGCUGUAGUGGAGCCAGAGCCAGCACCAGCAUACAUUCAUGACAGCAACGCUCAAGGUUCACAUAUAGAAUCUUGGCGAAGCGGAGAACCUCCAGAAGAUCCUGAAACCGCCCCUCCACCGUCUAAUGAUAUCACCUUGACCAUUUCAACUAUUCUGAGCACCGAUUCGGAUCGUAGUGUUGAUGCGCUGAAAAAGAUUCAAAAAAUUUUGCAGCUCGGACCCGAUGCGGGGCCAUCGUCAUCGCUUUAUCGUGAUCUCGCGGAACAUACUGAGGGACUGAUCGAGACUCUGACACUUCAAAUGGCUCAUGCCUCGGAUCGACCUGAGCGCAACAUUCGACUAGCCAAGCAUCUGAUACAAACACUCAAUGCUUUCUGCGACAACCCCCUCCUUGCUGAGUCUCUGACUGUCGACAACCUUACACCUCUUCUAGAGGAGCUCGCAACCAGGCUACUUCAGACCGACGACAGUGCAGACAACGAGGUGAAGAAUCUGUCUAGGUUCAUCAAUAUGAUCAUGCUACGAUUGUUUUCGACUGGAAGAAGGAUCACAGUGUUUAGAGCACUAUUUGCACUCCUUCUGCAAAUUGUCAAGCCGUUUCCCAGCAAAGGCACAUCUGCAGAUUCACAAGAUGCAAAAGUUGCUGAGCUCGUGCUCAAAUGUAUCUGGAAGUUGGCGAGAAAUAUACCUCAAGAUCUUGUGGAACUGAAACUGGACCCAGUGGAAUUAUUCCCAGCUGUUGAGCACUUCCUCCAAUCAGUUCCGCCGAACGAAUGGCGAGCGAGGUCAACAAAUAAGGUACCUUGUGGCGACAUGCCUCUCAGAACCGUGAAAGUCAUCAUACAACAUGUAGUCGCGCACUAUGCGGAUGAUGUGUAUGAUAUACUGUCUUCGUCCUUCGAUGAUCCUUCGGCGACCAUCGUAUAUCCAUAUGUAUAUCGGAUUCUCAACUCGAGCUCUGUACGGCAAGCGCCCGCUGCUCCAGGCCCCCGUGAUGAACGGAAUAGAAACGGCAACUACCAAGCUAGGACUUUCUCCCCACCAGAAAGUCGUGCUGACUCUCCUCUCGAAACUGCAUCAUCUGCUGCAUCCGGUGACAUCCGUCCUUCUUCUCCUAGCCACCGCACAAGUCGAAGUGUUACUUCUAUCAGCGGCACAAUUUCUCCACCAGUAGAAGAGCCUGAUCCAGAUGCACAGCUUCUCUUGAUCAUAGGUCAUAUAUCGAGUGAGACGACUGGCGCAAUGCACAAAGAAGGGAUCACCGAGCUUCAUCAAUUCUUAAAAGCUUAUCCGCUCAAACGGCCAAAGGUAGAAAAAAUGCUUGAAGCUACUGGACCUGCUUUCCGCAAGUACAUCUCUCGUGCCCUCGCCAGUCGAGCUGCCGAAGAUGAAGAAAGGGAUGUAGCUGUGCAGGAUACGUUGCAAACUGACAGUACCUCGCCUCGAUCGGCUGCCUCUCGUAUCAGCGGCUCUGAGCUGGAAGGAACAUCGCAGGAGAAGCUAGACAAGCUAUCGAGACUGCACAACCUCUUCCAGUACCGUACCAGCACAGCUAGUACUGCGUCUUCACUUGGUCGAACCGCUCGGUCGUAA